GGAAACAGGACAAACAGGACAGACACUGACUGGUUAUCGUGGCUCCCAGCAGACAUUUUCAUUGGUCACUUCACUGACUGUACAGUAAGGAGCUGAACUUUGUACAACUCUGACACUGUGCGGCUGUGCAGAGAAAGAAGUUAAACCUUCUCGCAGAGUAACAACGAUCAAAGUGCCUCAUACGGGAGCACUAUGGAUAAUCCAUUUGAAAAUGAACACAUUAAAAAAAUUAAAGAGGAGCUGCAAACCAAUGGACCUGACGCAGCAGCUGCAAAGAUCCAGGAGUAUUUGGAUGAGCGGGAUAAUAUUCCACUUAAUAUUGCAAUCACUGGAGAGACAGGCUCUGGUAAAUCCACCUUUGUUAAUGCCUUCAGAGGCAUACUAGAUGAAGAGGAUGAGAGAGCUGCUCCUGCUGGUUGUGUAGAAACCACCUUAGAGGUUUCACCAUACCCCCAUCCCAACUAUCCCAAUGUCAUACUAUGGGAUCUUCCUGGUAUUGGCACCUCUGAGUUUCCAGCUGAUGAGUACCUGGAGCAUGUUGGAUUUGAAAGGUUUGACUUCUUCAUCAUCAUCUCAGCUGAUCGCUUCAGAGAAAAUGAUGCAAAGCUCGCUCAGGAGAUUCAGAAGAUGGGGAAAAAGUUCUACUUCGUUUGUUCAAAGAUUGACAAUACCGUACGUGAUGAGGAACGCCGCCUGAGGUCAAGGUUCAGCGAAGAAAGGACUCUUAAACAAAUCAGGGACAACUGCAUUCAACGUAAGUCUGAGGUUAGAGGGUGAAAUC